GUAAGCAAGAUCUAUCAUUUGGCUUUGGCAUGUCAGAUCCCACGGAGAACAUUCUCGCCCAAUAUUAUGGAUUUUCUGCGAAACCGAAAGUCGAAAAAUUCUUAUCGAUUCAUGAAUGCGCGAGCAAUGCGGAGAACGAUGCGGACAAAUUAAUUGGCAAUCAAUCUACGAUAGAUACUAAUGACGAUGACACAUUCAAGGAAACGGAAGUGCAGGACGACGAUGUUAAAAGCGAGAAAAGAAAUUCCGAGGACAAUAACGUUCUGACGAGAUCCUCGCGUUUAUUGAAAUGGGAAGCGCUCGAGAAUGACAAUGAAACAUCAGCGGGAUUCGAUAUUAUUUUCGAAGCAAAUACGGCGGGUAAUUUCUAUGAAAAUACGAACGCUUCCAGCGGCAAAGACGCGCACAAUGUUACCGCAAAUAACGACAAGAUUAUCUCCGCUACUUUAGAAGACAACGAAGGGAACGAUUCAUAUCUCUCACUAAGCGAAGAUGUUUCGGACGUUUCUUCGAUAGAGGGGAGAAAAAAGCCGAAGGAGUCUUCAAAUGUAGUUACUUCGUUUUUGACACCACUACCAAACAAGACUCCCAUAUAUAACGAGACUUUUAUAGACUUAACAGGUGUUGGACUUACGUCCCUUUCCAUUGAAAUGUUGGAAAAAUAUCCUGCAAUACGAAUGCUGUAUUUGGAGAAUAACGAUUUGCUCGAACUUCCUAAAGAGCUCUUUCCUUUUCUGCCACGUUUGCAAUGGUUGGAUGUCCGAAAUAAUCAACUUACCAGCUUACCUACAACCAUCAAAUCGCACCCUUCGUUGGAGACUAUUUUGCUACAAGGAAAUAAAAUCCAGACAUUGCCGCUGGAACUUUGCUUGGUACCAAGACUUAAAACUCUCAACGUGGCAGAUAAUCCUAUUGCUACGCCUCCAAAAAGUAUUAUAGCUCUGGGCUGUUCGAGUAUUCUCAGCUAUUUGCGUACAGAGUGGAAUAAAUUGCACCCGGACCAGCUCGUGACAUUCGUAGAACAGAAAAUGGAACCAAAACCAUCGACAAUUUUAUGUUAUCAAUCUCCUCGCGAGAAGCGACAUAGAUUGGCAAAGAUUCCACGACGAGAAUCGAAGAGCAUAACUGACAUCGGCGAUUCGUUUAAAGGUGUUUCGGUCAGGAAGAGAGUCAGGGCUUACAGAGCCAGCAACAGAUGUGACGGUAAAGGAACGAACGUUGCAAUGGAGCAACGCUUGUACUGGAUCUCUAAAGCGAAAGAUCUGCUUACUGCACAAUCGGCGACAAUUCAGAGAAUUAAGGACACAGAUGCUAUAAGAGAAUGGAGACGUAGCAAGCAUAGUUUCAGUAAAAGUAUGGAAAAAGUUUCGAAAAGAAACGAAGAUGACAUUCCGUUCGCGAUUGAUGUAGAAGAUUAUCCUGAGAUUAAAAAACGAUCGGAAACGGGAAAUUAUUCGGGUAGCCGGAAACAGAGAAAAUUCAAAUUUGCUCCGCCAGUAAAUAUAAAUAAAAAGAUUCAAGAAUUGAUAGGAUCCUUGCAAGAAUUCGAAAUCGCAAAAUCUACAGAAACAUUAACGCCAAAAUCCAAACAAGAACACCUUCAAAACGAGAUCGAGAAGGUAUACUUAAUUCGUUUAUGACACGAAAUCAAAAUUAAAAACUAAAUUUACUACUUGAUUUUCUUUCGUAGCUCUCACACUUUCAAAAGGAGGUGCGAUAUUUAAGAAGAUACAACGAAAUGACUUUAGCUCCAAUAAAUUCUCCAAAUGAUAGAUUUUAAUAACUUCCUUACUUUUAAACUUAUUUAUCGCGAUACACCCCAGAAAAACCCAGCAUCAGUCUUGAGUCUGUUUAUUUAAAUAAAACAGUAAUAAUUACAUUAUAGUAUUAAUUUUACGCCCAGUCUCAAUAGCACGUACCGAGGUAAUUGGACAAGUUCUCCUCAUAUAAUCAUGUAAACUUUCUAUAUAAUAAAAAAUAAAACAACAUUAGGAAAUUCUUCCAUGACACCAUAUAGAGUGACCUAUAUAAUAAUAUACUACCAACAAUUUUAUCCAAAACUACACGAAAUAACGACAAAUUUUUAUUUAGUUAUGGUUCAAUCUAUAUCGAUAAUAAUAAAAUACAUAUUAUUGAUAAUAUAUAUUUAAAAUAGAAAAAAGAAAAACGCACGACUAUUAAAUCAAAGACAUAUCUCUCGAUAAUUAUAUCUCGAUAAUUAUAUCUCGAGAAAAUAUCUAAAAAAUCGUAAAGAUAAUUUGAAAAAAAAAGUAUUCGCAGUUCUUUCCAAUAUCCUCACCAGUGCAUCCAAUUCUUUAA